AUGAAAUUUCAGAAGACGCUGAACGAGGCUAACGUGGGAACUCCUUUUCCGUAUAAUAGGGCCAACCUUCUCACCCAGAAGCGCCUGGCCGCGUCGGUCAUCGGCUGCGGCCAGAACAAGAUCUGGCUCGAUCCCAACGAAGUCAGCGAGAUCAGCAACGCCAACUCCCGUCAGACUGUGCGAAAGCUCAUCGCCGAUGGCCUCAUCAUCCGCAAGCCCGUCACCAUGCACUCCCGAUCCCGUGCUCGUGAGCUUAACCUCGCCCGCCGGGACGGACGUCACCGAGGCUUCGGUAAGCGCAAGGGUACCGCCAACGCCCGUAUGCCUUCGUAUGUCGACCCCACCUAA